AUGUCUCCGCGCUUCACAUGCCUAGUGCUUCCCGCUUUAAGCUUCAAACCUAUUCGUGAUUCACGAUUCGUGAUUUCGCACAAGAAACGCACAAACAAGCGUGCCACAGUCGCACUACACACAGUUUACGAUGAGAAUCCAAGCUGCAAGCCUGCAGCGGCCCAGACGAGUAUCAUUAGAGACCAUUGCAAAAUUGCGGACAUGAUGCGAUGCGAGAAGACGUUAGAAGAAGAAAGAACUACAUGGACAACAAGGGAGAUGGGGCCGCAGAGCCAAGCACCCGCGCUGAGCGAAGCUCGAAGCCCACACUGGAGAAACAGAAAUCGGUUGACAGGUGUGCGUGCAUACUGA